AUGGGAUGCCAAUGCUCUCGAAAUUAUCCAGAAAAUAGCCUCUUCUCUGAAUCUCAGCUUGCAAGACUUAGAGACCACUUCGAUCACUUUUAUUUAUAUAACGCAACUGAUAGAGAUAGAUUUCAUACUGUCUUCUAUGUAAAAAACCAUCGAACCUUUGAAAAUUACCUAGAUAAGUUCUUUAAAAAAUACAUGAAAUGGCCUGAAGACUUCGUAGGAUUCGUCAGAGCAAUUGAAAUACUUGUAUAUGGACAAACUUCUGUAGGAAGGGAAAGCGUAGAUACUACAACACCAAAAGGUUCAAUAGAAAGACUCGCAGAUGUAAUUCAACUGAAAACUGAUACAAAGCAUAACUCAGCAACCCUCACAAAAUUAUUAUUAGCAAUUUUUAAAGGCGACCCAACACUUAUAGAGAAAAUUCGACCACAAAGUGACAAUAUAGCUGAAAUCCAGGAGUAUUUUCAUAAACAAUUUCCAGUAAUAGAAAACGUUUUUCCUGAUUUUUUAAAACAAAGACUCCUUGGGGCGAAGAAGGGGUGAGGUUAAUUAAAGUACACUGUACUUUUUUAAACCCCCUCCGAAAACCUACAAAAAAUGACUGUGUACUUUAAAAAUGGUCGUUUAGUGUGAAAAAAGUACAAACGGUACUUUUCGAUUUUUUAAAAACAGGGGGGUGAAAAAAGUAAACGGUGAAAAAAAAAGCCAAAACAGAGGAAAAAAGUACAUAUAAAAAUCAAUAUUCUAUCAAGACUAAGUAAAUUUAAGCAAAGAAAGGCCAAGGUUAAAUUGCAUAAUAAGCAGCUUGUAUUGCAUUAUAAUAAAUACUAAAGAAUAUUGCUGGAAAGAAUGCAAGAGCUGCAUGAUAAACAAUAACAAAUAUUUGGCUCUCAAAAUAAGAGGAAAAAAGUACGCUGCAAAAUAUAAAAUGAUUAAAGUGACGUAGAAUAAUCUAAUAUAAAAUACUAAUAAUAAGCACAGGAAAUUCCCUUAGAAAGGUCAACUUAAUUUGUUAAAUAAAAGACCAAAAGUUACAAAGAAAUAUAAGAAAAGUGAUUAUGGAGAAAAUUUUAAAAAAUGGAUGAAAAAAGUACAUGUUUUUCAUAUGCAAAAAAAGAGUGAAAAAAGUACUCAUAAAAUUUUUAACAGUGCAAAUUUUGGAUGAAAAAAGUACAAAGGGGAAAAAAUCAGAGGAAAAAAGUACAUUGACUUUUUAUAUGAAAAUACUAAUUUUUUAAAUAUGUUUACCUUAAAUGAGAAGAACGCAUCAAUUUAAUUUUGCUGCAUAUAUUAAUUCUCACACCCCUUUAAAUUGGAACAAAUAUAGGUAAAAUUUCCACUUUUUUGAUAAAUUAGCUCCUUCAAUUGGAACAAAAUUUAAUUUUAUAAUAAAAAAUUAUAUAUAAUUUUUAUCUAAAAAAGUUUUGAUAUAAGUUAAAUGCUUCUUCUUAACUAAAAUAAAAAUUUAGUUAUAUCUUGCUCUUUAAAGAAGAGAGUAUAAAGAGCAUCUUAUUUAAAUAAAUUUAUUAUCCUUAAUUGCUAAAUUUUUUAUUUAAAUAGUUUUGAUAUAAAAUUCAAUAGGAAUUCUUUAUAAAAUAUAAAAAUUUACUUAUUUCUUGCUUUAUUUUAAAAGUAUAGAGUAUAAAUAGCAUCUUAUAUAAACAAAAUUCGCACUUUGAUCGAUAAAUUUUCUAAAAUUUUUUUUUAAUUUUUUUUUAUUAAUAAAAAUAAUAAUUUUUGUGUAAAUAAUUUUGAUGCCAAUUAAUAGUGGCGUAUUAACUAAUAAUGCAAAUUUUAGCUAUAUAUUACUUUGUUUUAAAGGAAAAAGAGUAAAUAGCAUUUUAUUAAACAAAUUUAUUAAUCUAAUUCGAUAAAUUUUUGAAAUUUUUUUUAUAAAAAAUUUUUAUAUUAAUAUUUUUUUUCUAGAUAGUUAAAAUAUGCGCGUCUUCGUUUAGUUAUGGCCUCACGGCCAUACAGCCUUCGACUCAUAUUUUAAUUAUAUCCGGCAAGAUUUCUCUAGCCUUGAAAUGGACAGCAAUGCUAGCAACUAAUUCUGCAGGAGCGUAGAACCUAGCCCAAGUCCAAAUUCGAGACUGGUUUUUACCUCUAAGGAAAGGAGGGUUAAGAUUUGGAAAGGGCAAGCCCAUCAGAGUCUACAGGUAAUAGCUAGACAAUUGGGCAACUGCCUAGCGUGAGACUGGGCGUUACGUUCCAGGAUCUGGACUUUACCCUUUUGCCGACAGGCUACCAGAAAUUCCAUUUUUUUGGAAUUUCGGAAUGCCAACUUGUAUUCCCUCAGCCUCAGGAGGCCUCACAAACCCGUAGUCUGCCCACUCAACACUGGAGUCUUUUACAAGAGACAAGGAGGAGGCAUCAGUACUCCCGCUUUAUGUGGGAGUGAUGCCGCAAAGCGGAUGAAUCCCACAAGGGAUCAUUGUGACUGAGUUAAAAUUAAAGGCACGAGCCCAUCUGUUUAAGUUAAGUUAAGUGAUAUUUUUUUCUAACAAAAAAAAAUUUUUGUUCCAAUUUAAAGGGGGAGUGAGAAUUAAUAUAUGCAGCAAAAUUAAAUUGAUGCGUUCUUCUCAUUUUAAGGUAAACAUAUUUAAAAAAUUAGUAUUUUCAUAUAAAAAGUCAGGAGAACUUUUUGGGACGGCAAAAAUACUGCAAGGCUCUGCAAAAAAAAAACUGCAAGGCCAGUAAAAAAAAAUGGCAAAGCCAAGCAAAAAAAUGCAAAACUUGCAAAAUUUUUGCAAGUUUUGCAAAAACAUUGGACAAAAGCAAAAGCAAUUUAAAAAAAAAGCAAAGCCAUGCAAAAAUUUAAAAAAAAAUUAAAAAUUUCGCAAAGCAGGCAAAACUUUUGCAGGGUGGCAAAAAAGUUGCAAAAAUUGGCAAAAAUAACGAUUAGAAAAUUUAACAGUAAAAUUUAAUAAUUUAUUGGAAGUGUAGUACAAUGUUAAAUUAUUUAAACAACAUAUAAUAUAGAAAAAAUAGAAAUUAAUUUCGUGAAAUAAAUGCUAAAGUUUAAUACAAAUAUCUUUUAAAGAAUUUUCCAAAAACAUAACUUAAGAAUUUUAAAAAUUUGGAAAAUUUAAUUUUGGCAAAACACUUUGUUGUAUCUCAUUUUAAAAUUUUGCCAAAAUUAAAUUUUCCAAAUUUUUAAAAUUUUUAAGUCAUGCUUUUAGAAAAUUCUUUAAAAGAUAUUUGUAUUAAAACUUUAGCAUUUAUUUCACGAAAUUAAUUUCUAUUUUUUCUAUAUUAUAUGUUUUUUUAAAUAAUUUAACAUUGUACUACACUUCCAAUAAAUUAUUAAAUUUUACUGUUAAAUUUUCUAAUCGUGAUUUUUGCCAAUUUUUGCAACUUUUUUGCCACCCUGCAAAAGUUUUGCCUGCUUUGCGAAAUUUUUAAUUUUUUUUUAAAUUUUUGCAUGGCUUUGCUUUUUUUUUUAAAAUUGCUUUUGCUUUUGUUAAUGUUUUUGCAAAACUUGCAAAAAUUUUUGCAAGUUUUGCAUUUUUUUGCUUGGCUUUGCCAUUUUUUUACUGGCCUUGCAGUUUUUUGCAGAGCCUUGCAGUAUUUUUGCCGUCCCAAAAAGUUCUCCAAAAAGUCAAUGUACUUUUUUCCUCUGAUUUUUUCCCCUUUGUACUUUUUUCAUCCAAAAUUUGCACUGUUAAAAAAUUUUAUGAGUACUUUUUUCACUCUUUUUUUGCAUAUGAAAAACAUGUACUUUUUUCAUCCAUUUUUUAAAAUUUUCUCCAUAAUCACUUUUCUUAUAUUUCUUUGUAACUUUUGGUCUUUUAUUUAACAAAUUAAGUUGACCUUUCUAAGGGAAUUUCCUGUGCUUAUUAUUAGUAUUUUAUAUUAGAUUAUUCUACGUCACUUUAAUCAUUUUAUAUUUUGCAGCGUACUUUUUUCCUCUUAUUUUGAGAGCCAAAUAUUUGUUAUUGUUUAUCAUGCAGCUCUUGCAUUCUUUCCAGCAAUAUUCUUUAGUAUUUAUUAUAAUGCAAUACAAGCUGCUUAUUAUGCAAUUUAACCUUGGCCUUUAUUUACUUAAAUUUACUUAGUCUUGAUAGAAUAUUGAUUUUUAUAUGUACUUUUUUCCCUCUGUUUUGGCUGUUUUUUUCACCGUUUACUUUUACCACCCCCCUGUUUUUAAAAAAUCGAAAAGUACCGUUUGUACUUUUUUCACACUAAACGACCAUUUUUAAAGUACACAGUCAUUUUUGUAGGUUUUCGGAGGGGGUUUAAAAAAGUACAGUGUACUUUAAUUAACCUCACCCGCGAAGAAGUAUUAUGUUCCUCACAUCCCUGCACUAAAUACUCUUUUAAGCAAAGCUUUACCUUUUAUAUACUUAUCCAGUUCAGUUUUUACCCAUUUACUUGAAUUUCAUUGUCUUUAUUUGUCUCGCGACUCUAUUUUAAGCUUCAAAGGAAUUGAAGACGGACUAGAAGGCUACCCAAGCUCAUUAAUGAUUAUCAUUAAACUGCAAGAUGAAACUGUAAUUGGAGGAUUUGUAGAGAGAAAAUACAAAAAAAGGAAAAAUACUUAUGAAAUCAACAGUUUUCUAUUUUCCUUCGCAAAUGGGUAUACAGUGCUCAGGCAAGCAGAAAAAGGAAACAUCGUAUUUUUGAAUUUAAAAUCAAGCCCCAGAGGACUUGGAUUCGGAGGAGGAACUUCAUCAGAAGCCAAGCUAUGGAUUUCUGAAGACAUUGAUUCUGAUUCUAGAAUAACAGACCACAAUAAUGCUGGAUACACUCCAGGGCUGCUUUUAAAAGAAAAUUCUGAUGAAAAUAUUGAAAUCAUCGAAAUUGAGCUGUGGGGCUGUGGAGACGAGCUGGCAAGGCAGCACCAAAUUGAAUACAAAAAUAGAAAAAUGAAGAUGAUGCAUGAAGGUGAAAAAUUCGACGCGUUUGAGUUCAAAUCUUUUCUUAACGAGUAUCCACUUUAA